CACAGCAGAAUGAUCCACAUCUCUGAUAAUAAGCUGCUCAUAUUCACUCUGCUGAUCCUCAUGGCAGUGGUGGAUUCUGAGAUGAAGACGAUUUUCACUGGACAUGAAGGAGGGAGAGUGAAGAUUCAGUGUCCAUAUUCAGAGUCUGAAUAUGAGGGAAAUCAGAAGUAUCUCUGCAGAGGAGAGUGUUCAAUAAAUCCAAUCUAUAUUAAUAGAGACAUUCCUGUUGAAUCUGGAUCAGCUCCUAAAGAUGAGAGAUUCUCUCUGACAGAAAACAGGACAGCUCACAACUUCACCAUCACCAUCACUGAUCUCAGAACAGCGGAUCAAGGAAAAUACUGGUGUGCUGUGAAGACAGCACUGCUAAAACCUGAUGACUAUAAAGAGAUUUACCUGGAAAUAAAACAGGUGUCUCGAGUGUCUGGAGAACCUGGUAAACAUCUGAGCAUCACCUGCAGUUAUACAGGAGAUCUGAAAGAUCAUCUCAGAUUCCUCUGCAAAGGGAGCGACCCGUCCGACUGUAAGAAUAUCAUCAAAGUUUCAUCAGAAAUAAACACUAAUGGCCGAUUCUCCCUGACUGAUGAUUCUGAGAGAGUUUUCACUGUGAACAUCAGUAAUCUGACAGAGGAGGAUUCUGGGAUAUACUGGUGUGGAGCUGUAAAGAAUCAAACACAAGAGUACACGUGGAUUUCAGCCGUAAAUCUGGAGAUUACUAAAGCCACAUCUGAGCGGAGGCUUCCUAAAAAUACCACCACUGUUUCAUUUCACACCAGCAAACCAGCAGAAACUGCAUCCAGCAGACCCGUCACACCUUCAUCAUCAUCAUCAUCAUCAAUCUCAAUGUUUUCAUCAUGGAAAUCACCACUGGUGUUUGCAGUGUCCAUCACAUUAAUAACCUCAGUGAUGCUGAUUGUGCUUGGACUCUCAGUGUUCGUCUUCCUCAGAUGGAGACCACAGAAAAAAGGAACCGAUCACAGAAACGCUGUUCAUGAAAUGACUGAGAAACUGCUCAACACUGAGGAAGCUCCAGGAGACAUUUAUACCAUCUGUCAUUAUGAAGAGCUCAUUUAAACUAGGCAUGGGCUGGUAUAAGAUUCUGACAGUAUGAUAACCUUGGAUAAAAAUAUCACAGUUUCACGGUAUCACAGUAUUGUGAUUACUGCUCUAAAAUAUAUUCUUUUUAAAUGUCUGGAUAAAAAACAACAUUUUUCCCCCUUUGAAAACAAUAUAUUUUAUUUUUUUAAAAGAUUUUAAGUAUUUUGGAGCAGUAAACAUGUCAGGCUGAAUAAUUAAAAUGAAUCAUUGACUUCUGCUGUCUUCAUUAGUUUCAAAAACACUGAUUUAUUUGCAUUUUAAAAUGGCAUCUUUAGAUAUGUUUUCUGCUGGAGAUGCUGUUGCUCUAAAAAAAGCAAAAAAAAGUAAAUAAAAAAAUCUAACCUUGGCAAUUAUAGACAAUUUUGGCAGAUUUUUAAAAAAACCUUUUCAAACUGCGGUAUGCCUUGAAAACGGUUAUCGUCCCAUGCCUAAUUCACACUGAUGAUCCUGCUGAACUGGGUUUGGGUCAUCCUGUAUUUGGUGAACAUGAUCGUCUGACCUGCUCCACCAUCAUAUUUAACACUGGACUCCAUUCAGACUAAACUUCUGACUGACCUUUAACAUCCAACGCAGGCUCAUUGUGAAAACGUACCUCCGCGGACGUUUCUGGAGACAGCGAAUUACGUAGGCGGAGGUACGUAUGGCUGCAUUUCAUUUAUUUAAACGGAUGCUAGGGGGCGGUGUGACGCUGUUCCUUUUCGCGCUUACCAGCUGACCAACCGCUUACCUCCGUAUGGACGGCAUUCCGGCUGCAACCAGUUUGUCCCGUUAGCGCGCCAUGUCCGUCUGCGGAUUUGACAUGCAGAGAGGAGUUGACCACAAAGACGGGGGUUUAAUUCUGCUGAAGAGCGGUUCCAGAAAGCAGGUAAGACAAAAACAGAAUCCAAAAUAUAAAACAAACAGGUGAAUAGCAGGGUGAGGAUGUGGUAAAAUCUGUAAACGUGGUAAAAAAAUCAGAUGAGGGCUUUUAUUUAUUUAUUUGGAUUGCUUUUGAAACGUGUUG